AUUGGACUUAAGACAUCCCUUGAAUCCCUUGCAUCCCUUGCAUCCCUUGCAUCCCUUGCAUGGAGAAAAACCUGGGUGCUUGAGAUUGUACUUUCAAGAGAAGGCCUUCGUCAAAGCUCAUGGCAUCUACCACUGAAAUGGAAAUGAUGAAUUCUGGAGAAUCAAGAGAGAUCAGCUUUGCACCUGAGAAGGAUUUUAAAGAGAAAAAGCAGCCAGGUACUUGGUGCUCGUACAUCUUGCUGCUGUUCGCUCUAUUUCUUGUAAUCUGUACUUGUCCACUCACCAUCUGGUUCUGCUUCAAAACAGUCGCUGAGUAUGAGAGAGCAAUCAUCUUCAGGAUGGGCCGUCUACUUGGCGAUGGACCUAAAGGACCUGGCUUGUUCUUCAUUAUCCCCUGUAUUGAUGAUGUACAAGUCGUGGAUCUCCGGACUCUGUCGUUUGAUGUGCCACCUCAGGAGAUCCUUUCAAAAGACAGUGUGACUGUCACUGUGGACGCAGUGGUCUACUUCAGGGUUUCCAACCCUACCAUGGCUAUCAUUAAAAUAGAGAACUACACGAAGUCCACAGAACUCCUGGCCGCAACAACGCUGCGCAACGUUCUUGGAACCACGACCCUGGCUGAGAUGUUGAGCCAUCGUGAGGAGAUCAGCAAGACUCUUCAGACACUCCUUGAUGAUGCGACGGAUCCCUGGGGCGUCAAGGUGGAACGUGUGGAAAUCAAGGAUGUGCGUUUGCCACAGCAGAUGCAGCGUGUAAUGGCCGCUGAGGCUGAAGCCACCAGGGAGUCUAAUGCCAAGGUGAUUAUAGCGCAGGGUGAGCAGAACGCCUCGUAUGCCCUCAAGGAAGCAGCGGACAUCAUCUCCCAGAACCCUGUUGCCAUCAAGAUCCGCUACCUCCAGACUCUCAACACCAUCUCCGCUGAGAAGAACUCCACCAUCAUCUUCCCGAUGCCAAUCGACAUGUUAUCUGCUAUAAUGGACAAGAAAUAAAAUGUAUGUUCGGUUUUGUUGACGCUUUGAUUACUCAGAUUUGUAUGGGAAAAAAUUUGUUUUUGCAUCAGGGGCAAAUAUCAUAGAGCUGCUUUAGCACAAAAUGUUGUAAAAUAAUGCUUACAAAUUUUCUGCUGAGCAAAAACAAGCAGAGUACCAGUCAUAGAUUGUACAUGAGAAAUGGCAUUUUGGCUGGUAGUCAUGUACGGGUAAGCAUAAAUUUGUUGUGCUUAGCUACUUUUUGUGCUUUAAUACUACAAAUCUGGUAAGUGUGAGUUCAGUUUAUGCUGGGAACAAGACCUAAAUAAUGCCUUUGCUUUUAAAACCAAAUCAACAUGAUGAGUCUCUGUAGAUAUCAAAAAGAGCUAGGAUUGAUCUUAACAUCUGGUCAAUCUUUAGCUGCUAAGCAAAGUAUGAUGCCACAAUAGAAAAUGCACAGGCUAUUUCAUUUUUGACAACACUUUUUUAAGAUCAUACUUAGUGCUUUGUGAAAUCGAGCCCCUGCUUUGAGUUAUGAUAAGGGACAAGAUAUUACUACAUGCACAUAGUGCUUUAUCUAUUUUACUUCAAAAUUUUAAGGAUUAGUAUCACUUGCAGAAUUUAUCAAGGCCCAAUUUCAUAGAGCUGCUUAAGUGAAACAUUCUGCUUAAACAUAAUUAUUUGCUUAGUAGUAAAACCAGCAGGAUACCAGCCACAGAUAGUGCUUGUGAUAUGGUAUUUUGUUUGGUAACUUUAUUCUGGGAAGCACGAUUAUUUUGUGCUUAGCUACUUUUGGGUUAAAGCAGCUCAAUGAUUGGCCCCAGUACUUGUGCUUUAAAUUUUCUGAUAACUUUUGUUACAUUACAGUUUUAGGCAAGUAGAAACUUCCAUUUUCAUUAUAUUUUUAAAAAGCAUUACUGGUGCGACAUAAGAUUUUGAUAUUUUCCAGGUUGAUGUUGAUUGACUCACUGUGACAUGUUUCCUGAUUUAAUAAAUGUUAAUUUGCAUCGUGGACAAAGACUAUUCAUUUUAGUUUCUAACAUUAUACACUGAUGUUAAUCCAGAAUUACCUUGUAUGUCUGGCUCCAGUGAUGUAGGAAAUCUGACAACCAGCUAAUUAAAAGAGAAAGAUUUAUGGGUUUGUCUUGGGCAGAAAUUAGAGUGAUUUAGGUUUGAUGCAAGACAUUAAUGAUACUCAUUUAAUUAGUCUCUGCUUCAUGGAAAGAUUAGGUUUCCAGUAACUAUAGCCCCCACUCCCCCACCUGCCCUGAAAUGCCAUUGUUUGUUUUGUCUUGUUGGGUUUUUUUGUUUUUUUUUGGGGGGGGGGGUUGCACUUAUCAAAUUGACUUGAGUUGAAUUGAGGGAUUGAUGUAUUAAUUGCAUCCUAUACAAAGGAUAAUUAUUAUUUUAUUUUUUAAGCAGUAGCCUAAACAGAAGGGUUGGGACGGGGGUGGGGGUAGAUGUCUGUAAUGGUUUCAUAUAACGUGUCCAAUGCAGAGAAGAGUACAUCCAUAUAAGUUACACAUCAAACAGCAAUCUUUAUUUAUCCACCGACAGCAGACAAUAACACUUUUUUUCGUGGUUGAGAACUGGGGUUGUUUUAUUAAGUUAAGUAAUAAUGGCAAUUUGCCACCUUAGAAUAAAUCGUGGAACCCCGUUUAGAACCUGGUAUAUUUUUUUGCAAAAUUUAACUUUUUGGGGGUAUGUUGUUGCUGUUGCUUUUGUUUUGGGUCCCCCCCCCCUUUUUUUUAAUCUUUGGUUGUUAUUAUUACUACUACAUGAUAGUAAUAUUUGGUGAACUAUAAUGCACAUUGUACAAAGGUGCAUUGUCAGAUGUUUCGAAAACCAAAACAUAUGAAUUCAUUUUAUUUUAAUACAUUUUGUCCUUAGUUUGUGACAAAUAACAAUGUAUGAAAUUGUAAUAUUUGGUGACCAAUGCUACGCAUCCUACAGGCGCAUCCGCCGAUUAAAAAAAAAAAAUAUAUAUAUAUAUAUAUAUAUAUA